AUGACAACUGAGAGUCAACAGAUUUUAUUCUAUGAAGACAGGAACUUCCAAGGAAGAUCCUAUGAGUGUAAGGGGGAAAUAAGUGACCUUCACUCUUUCAUUACUCGUUGUAAUUCAGCGAGGGUGAAAGGGGGCUUCUGGGUUCUUUAUGAGCGACCAAACUAUAUGGGUUAUCAGUAUGUUGUGGGCCCUGGGGAGUAUCCAGAUUAUCACCAUUGGAUUGGCUUCAAUGAUUCUCUCAGAUCAUGUCGUCCAAUCAGACAUGUCACUGAACAUCUCAAGCUGAAAUUUUUUGAGAGGCCCAACUUUGAUGGCCAAGCAUGGGAGGUUACAGAAAGCACCCCUUCUGUUCAGGAACGUUUUCUCUGCAGGGAGAUUCAUUCCUGCAAGGUCCAUGAAGGUCCCUGCGUGUUCUUUGAGCAUCCAAACUACCGUGGCCGCCAGUACCUGCUUGAGAAGGGAGAAUAUGGGCGCCAUACUGAAUGGGGAGCCAUGCAUCCCACUGUGGGGUCUAUUCGCCAGAUCACCAAAGACUGUUGAAUCUAGGUCAAUUACAGCUGUUGUACUUCAACUGAAAUACCAUUGAAGUAUUGAAAAAAUAAAAUGACUUCAAGAUGCAAUUAUGUGUGUUAAGUUGAGUGACAGUAGACAUAAAAAGAUGAAACAUCAUUUAAAAAUGAUUCAAGAUUUAUUUCUCACAUAUACAGGUACUCACUCUAAAAAUUGCUUGGUUAUUUUUCAACCCAGUGUUGGGUAAAUAUUAACCAGAACACACUGAUGAGUUAAAAAUAACCCAGCAUAUGUUGUAGUGCUGUAUAUAAAUUUACAACUAAUGGUAAAAUGUAAACUUACUACAUACUUGUGCAAGACAAAAAAAUGUCCUUGCGCUUCCAAGCUUUAUAACGGUAGUGAACAGGAACUAGGGAACAACUUCUGACUUUGAAGCCCCCCCUGGCUCCAGAGUAACCUCCUUCUAAGAGUAAACAAUGUGAUUUUGAAAGAAAAAUUUGCAUAUUUAAAACUUUAUAAACUAUAUAACUAACUCUUUGCGACAUCCAUUAUGCAGAAUUUCAGUGUAGUGAUGAAUGCAGAGACACAGAGGAGAGACAAAAACAAGAUGAGUAAACAAAUAAGAAGUAUAAAAAUGAUUUUAAAGAAAUGGUGGAGGAUUUCGAUAUACUGUAAGACAAGGGGAUAUUGAGUUAUCCCAAUCUGUAGCUAAAACAACUCACUGGAUCGGACGCAUCAAUGAAAAAUGUAUGCACUUUUUUGGGCUCAGGGUCUGUUUACCGUUAAAAAGUUUGGAAGAGCAAAAACAUUUUUUUUUUUUAAAUAACUUUAAUCUUUGAUUGUGUUCAGGGCUUGACAUUAACUUUUUUGCUCACCAGCCAAAGUGGCUAGUUGUUUUCCAAAGUUACUAGCCCCUCAGCAUUUUCACUGGCCAAAAUGGUGUUUGCUGAUAAAAUAAAUUUUAUAUGAUUAAACUUGACAUCCUAUGACUUUAAUCUGAGUAUUU